GAUUGGAUGGAUAAAGAAUUGGAGGAAUGCCGAGGCAAUGGAUGGAUCGAUGGCUAUCCAAGUCCAUAGAAAGACAAAAGUUACAAGAGACGAUAGCUUUAGAUGAACAGCACUCUGAAAUCCUAGAAGACAGAAAGAGAUGGAAUAAACGAGCGUUGGAAGCUUUGAAAAAUAAUAAGCUCAGCGACACUUGGUUCUCGUUAGGUCGGGAAAGCUUUGCCUUGUUACCCAAAGAAUUUGUACAAAGUUCACUAGUGGCUGAAGAACCAGAACUAGACCAACAAAUUGAAAAUAUUUACAAGUAUCUACCUGAGAAAAGAAAAAGAUUGGAGUUGCUUGAAGAAGAAAUAUCCCGUUUGACAGAGGAAAUAGUGCAGUCCUUGGAAAAUCAAAAAUGAAAAGAGGCUUUUCUUUGUAGAAU